AUGCCGGUGAUGCGGGGUCUCAUCGCGCCGCAGAACACCUUCCUGGACACCAUCGCGACGCGCUUCGACGGGACCCACAGUAACUUCGUGCUGGGAAACGCCCAGGUCCAGUCCCUCUACCCCAUCGUCUACUGCUCCGACGGUUUCUGCGAGCUGACCGGCUUCGCCCGCGGCGAGCUGAUGCAGAAGAGCUGCAUGUGUCACUUCCUGUACGGCAGCGAGACCAGCGACCGCCUCCCCCCGCAGAUGCAGAAAGCUCUGGACGAGCGGCGAGAGUUCAAGACCGAGAUCGUUCUGUACAAGAAGAGCGGCUCCAGGUUCUGGUGUCUGCUGGACAUCGUGCCCAUAAAGAACGAGAAGAGCGAGGUGGUUCUGUUCCUGGUCUCGCACAAAGACAUCACAGACAACAAGGACCAGGACCAUGGCAACGAGUCCGACACUGAUGAGGAAACGGGCCUGGAGAUCCGCCCGGUCAGCCGCCCUCCAGGCUUCAGCAGUGAGCGCCGCCGCAGUCGCGCUGUCCUCUACCAGCUGUCCGGACACCUACAGAAACAGGACAAGACCAAGAGCAAGCUCAAGAUCAACAAUAGUGUUCUUGGAGCCAACGCAAACCCGGUUCCCGAGUACAAGGUGGCCGACGUCCAGAGGUCCCGACUCAUCCUGCUCCACUACGGUGCGUUCAAGGCCGGCUGGGAUUGGCUGAUCCUGCUGGCCACUUUCUAUGUGGCCGUCACCGUCCCUUACAACGUGUGCUUCACGGCGGGCGAGGCGCGGGGGGACGGCGGCGCGGCGGCCCGACACCCCCCCAGUGUGAGCGACAUCUUGGUGGAGAUCCUCUUUAUCAUCGAUAUCGUGCUGAAUUUCCGAACCACCUUCGUGAGCACGUCCGGCCAGGUCGUGUACGAUUCCCGCUCCAUCUGCAUUCACUAUGUCACCUCCUGGCUGUUUGUGGAUCUGAUCGCCGCCUUGCCCUUUGACCUGCUCUACGCCUUCAACAUCAGUGUGAACUUUGGCGUUCACCUGCUGAAGACGGUGCGCCUCCUGCGUCUCUUGCGCCUCCUGCAGAAGCUGGACCGCUACUCCCAGUACAGCGCCGUGGUCCUGACGCUGCUCAUGUCCACGUUCGCCCUGCUGGCUCACUGGAUGGCCUGCGUCUGGUACUUCAUCGGACGCAGCGAGAUUGAGAGCAACAGCCUCGCCUCCUGGGAUAUAGGCUGGCUCCAUGAACUUGCCAAACGCUUGGGAACGCCAUACUUCCUGGCACCGCUGACCUCCCUGUUGGGGGUCUCCGAUUCACCGCAGGCCGCCAUGAUGGCAGGACUGACGAACCACAGCCAGUGGAACGGCUCCGGGUUGGAGCAGCUGAGCGGGGCGGGUUUGCUGGGUUCGGGCCAGUGGAACAGCAGCAGGGCCAGGGCGAGGACGCCCAACGGCUCGGGGACGACGCUCAGCGGCGGCCCGUCCGUCCGGAGCUCCUACGUGACCUCGCUGUACUUUGCUCUGAGCAGUCUGACCAGCGUGGGCUUCGGCAACGUUUCCGCCAACACGGACUCCGAGAAGAUCUUCUCCAUCUGCACGAUGCUGAUCGGGGCACUGAUGCACGCCGUGGUGUUUGGUAACGUCACCGCCAUCAUUCAGAGGAUGUACUCGCGCCGCUCCCUCUACCAGACCCGCACCAAGGACCUGAAGGACUUCAUCCGCGUGCACAGGCUGCCCAAGGCUCUUGAGCAACGCAUGAUGGAGUGUUUCCAGACGACCUGGUCUGUAAACAACGGUAUCGACGUCAGCGAGCUGCUGAAGGACUUCCCGGAUGAGCUGCGGGCCGACAUCGCCAUGCACCUGAACAAUGAGCUACUGCAGCUGCCGCUCUUCGAGUCGGCCAGCAGGGGGUGCCUGCGCUCGCUCUCCCUCAUCAUCAAGACCUCCUUCUGCGCCCCCGGGGAGUUCCUCAUCCGCCAGGGAGACGCCCUCCAGGCCAUCUACUUCGUGUGCUCGGGCUCCAUGGAGGUGCUGAAGGACAGCACCGUGCUGGCCAUUCUAGGCCGGGGCGACCUGAUUGGCUCUGACUGUCUGACGCAGGAGGAAGUGAUUAAGACCAACGCCUGUGUGAAGGCGUUGACCUACUGCGACCUGCAGUACAUCAGCCUCAAAGGCCUCCGCGAGGUGCUCUGCCUGUAUUCUGACUACGCCCAAAAGUUCAUCACCGAGAUCCAACACGACCUGACAUACAACCUGCGGGAAGGACACAACACAGAGGCAGACUGCGAGAGCAACGGAGGAUUCGUGAAGAAGCUUCCCUCCAUCAAGGAGGACGAGGAGGGGUCCGGGUCCGAGGGGGAGCGCUCCCCCCUCACCAGGAUACCCUCCCUCGGGAGCCUGGGCCGGGGGUUGCGCUCCCCUCUCCGCUCCCCUCUCCGCUCCCCACUGCUGCCGCCGCGACCGUUCAGGCCGUCGGGCGACCACGCUCGGCCGGCCAGCCUGCAGAUCCCCGUGGUGAGCUUCAGCUGCCUGCGGCCGGACCUCAGCCCUCGGUUCGUGGACGGGAUCGAGACAGAAAACCACCGCGCCACAGCUCCCAAGUUUGAUUUCUCUCCCAGUGCAUCUCCGAGCUUCUUACCCAGCCCUGAUGCAGCUUCCCCAGGGGCCCUGGAUGAUGGGGACACCAUGCAGACUAUUGCUAAGCUCAAACACGAGAUGAGCGUCCUUUCCCGUCAGGUCACAGCUGUGAGUCAGGAGCUGCAGGAAAUGACACGUCUUCUCAAGCCUCUCUUCCACAACCCCGCCAUGCUGCUGAUACCCAACGCUGUGACUCCGCCUCCCAGCAUGUCUUCGCUCAGCUGCUCCCCGGCCCCGCCCCUUCUCACCCAGAACACACGUGUGGACGGGUCGGUCGAACGGAGCCGCCCGGGCGUUCUGGCGCCCGAGCCGUCCUCUCCUCAGCUCAGCAUGACGGCGUUCCCAGGAGAUCCGUCUUCACCCCCCCGACAUUAUCCUCCUCUUCCUCACCACACCCACACGCCUCCCCAUGUCUCCCAUUGCUCCGCCCCUCCUUCACUCAACAGCUCGCCCCAUGAGCACGCAGCUUCGCCUCAUCUUUACUCCUCCUCCUCCAUCCCUUCUCUUUUCUCAUCCAGCCACCCAUCAUCCAUCAACCCCCUCCUGAUGCACUUAUCAGGACCUGGGAGCGAGUCACAGUCACACCUGCAGCUCCUGUCGCAGUCCGAGUCCCAGCUCCAGUUCCAUCCUCAGUCCCCGUUCAUGUCCCAGUCUUCCCUCUCCCAGCCUCACCUCCAGCCCCUUCUCCAGCCCUCGCACCCCCGAGAACCAAUCCUGAACCUGCAAGAGAUGGAGUGGGGGGAGAGCACCACUCAGCUCAGCUUCGUCGACGAAGGGCGGCCCACAGCGUGA